AUGGAAAGCAUUCCCAGGAGACCUGGAACCGUAAGUUACUUCAAGGAUCUUCCUAGGCUCAACAAAUCACAAGUUCAGUAUCUCGACAAUUUCCAAAGAAGGCGUCUGCAGUCUCUGCAGGACGUCGAUGAUCUUGUUGAGGGCAUCUUCGAGACCCUUCUGGACUAUCCUGAUGUUUUGGCCAAUACUUACAUCAUUUACACUGCUGACAACGGUUUCCACCUUGGACAGCAUAGACUACCCGCUGGUAAGACCUGCGGUAUUGAGGAAGAUGUCAACGUUCCAUUCAUAAUUCGUGGCCCUGAAAUUGCCAAAAAUAAGACAUUGAAGUCUCCCUCUUCACACACCGACCUCGCGCCGACUCUCUUUAAGUUGGCCGAUUUCUCCCUUCGGGAUGACUUUGAUGGGUUGCCUAUCCCCGUUAAAUUCGCAGAUCACACCCCGGAUUCGAUCAAGACCGAACAUGUCAACAUUGAGUGCUGGGGAAGCGGCAUUAUCGAAGGGACGGUGUUUGCCAACUUGAGUAUGCAAGUGACCCCUAAUAAUCAUGACCGUGCAUUGACAGCCCCUCAAGAAGGGUACUUCGAUCAUAACACGUACAAGACUCUACGAAUUGUCUCGGAAAAGUAUGAAUUCAUGUACACUGUGUGGUGCAAUGGUGAACAUGAGCUAUACGACAUGAAGAGAGACCCUUACCAGACAUUCAACUUGCACGCAAAGCAGCCACAAUGUAGCUCGUACAACAUAGCUCAGCUCGUCAAGCGUCUCGAUACUCUGGUUCUGACGCUCAAGAACUGUCAAGGAGAUUCCUGCCGUCACCCGCGGAAGGCUAUGUUCCCCUCCGGCGAAGUGACUAGCUUGCAGCAUGCUCUAGCUACGAGCUACGACGAGUUUUUCUCCUCGCAGCCUUGGGUGUCAUUUGAUGAAUGUACCCAAGGGUACAUUCCGGAGCUUGAAGGUCCGGCUCGUCCUUAUCUGUAUCAGGGAUCAUUUGCCCGUGAUGCGGAGCUCCGUGAUGAGCACUGGAUUUGA